CGAUCAAAACCAAAUUGUCAAAUAAAUAUAUCUUUAAUCCCCUGAUCAAACAUUUUAAUUUUAAAUAAAGACUUUUGUUGAUCAGAGCAGAACUUUCUAUCUCCUUUCCUAAAAACACAAAUCUCAUUCAUUUUUUUUUUCUAUAUAAUCUCGACAAAAAGAAAAGUUACAAUAUACAAACUGAAAAACAGAUAUUGUUUUGCGAGAUCCAUAGCACUGAAUCAUGGAUGUCAACGGUCGAGAAGAUCAAUACGAAGAAUCAUCGGAGUGGUUUGUGAAAUAUUUGAAUCGUCAAGGUGAUUGGUUAGAAAAGACGAGAGGGAAUCUAAUGGUUGCAGCGACAGUUAUAGCUGGUAUGAGUUUUCAGGUUAUGGUUAGUCCUCCCGGUGGCGUAUGGCAGAGUGACAACUGUCCAUCCGGAAAUCAAGAUUGUAAAGCAAAAGCUGGAACUUCGGUCUUAGAGCACGUGAGUUCGAAGCGUGUCCUUUAUCUUGGAAUGGUUAUUAGCAGUGCGGUUUCGUUUUCUGCUUCCAUGAGCCUCAUUCUACUUGUCAUCAGCGGUUUACGACUCAGAAACCGGAUGAUAAUGGCGAUUCUGGUAACAUUUAUGGUAGCAGCGGUUCUUUGCAUAUCGGCUGCGUUUUUCUUUGCCGUUGCAUUGGUUCAGUCUGACGAUCAAAUAAUCAUCUAUAUACUAGUGAUUUAUUUGGGAUUUUGGAUCGUGUUUCCUGUCUUGAUACUCGUAAGCCAACUAGUUCGGUUUUUGGGUUGGCUUAUUUGUUUCAUAUGUUGUUGUUGUCCACGUCGACGACGACGGUCCCCUCCACGAUUGCUGCCAUUGGCUCCAUCUCCUGCCCUUUAACGAAGGGGAAGAACCGGUGGCUCGAACCAACGCGUAAAUGAAUCAUGGUGUUAAUUAUUAAACGGUUUUAAGGUUGAUCACUCGAUUGAUCAGUUUGAUUGUAUGGGGUUUGGAUUUUCUAUACGAAUCAUGGCAAAAUCAUCUUGUGAUUAGUGUAGCGAUUUAGUAAAUGAAUCAUUAUUUACCAUUAGUGUAAAAGCGUUUUCUAAAUAAAUCUUUAUAGUCUAAAAGUCCAA